AAAUGGCGAGCUAUGGAUCUCGGAUGACACAUGAUCCAGGUGAUAUUGGAGUUCUCGGCUGUGACUCCGCUGUAGGGCUUCCCACGGUCUAGAGCGAGACAGAAACCUGUCAACAGAAGUUUUAUGUUGGAGGUCGGUUACAUAAUCAAAGUGGUGGGUUGUAUGAUUUUCGAAGAGGAUUCUCAUGCGCGCUUUGCACUAUCAUUGUUCUGCUAGUGGGUGCCGGCCGGAGGACUUUGCAGCUACAGGAACGCCACAGAUAAUCGCUGAACAUGCAAUGGAUACCGGGGACAAUGAGAUUGAUGGCAGAGAUCCGACAAAAGCCCGACUGAUUGUCAAGUUCAAUGGAGCUGACCAUGAUAUCACCAGGCAAUUUUUUCAAAUAUCGUUCAAAUUUGUUGCAGAUUCGGCAAAAUUCCACCCGGGCGGCAAGCGGACCCUGCAACGAUUCGCGGGCCGCGACGUUUCGGAGACAUUGGAGCGGACUAACCACUCGCCGGCUGCUCUCAAACUUGUGCCAGAGUAUAGAGUGCAAGACAAGCUGAAUGUCGAUCCCAUAGAUACUGAAGAUUUGGAACGAGAUGUGAUCGACUGGUCGCAACCUCUGCUGAUGCAGGUGGGCUACCUAAGAGACAACUACCAGGCGUGGCUGCUAGCUCCAGUAGACCGCAACUUGCGCCUGUUCCAGUCCGACCUCCUCGAGUCUCUGACCGUUGUCUCGCCCCGCACCGCACUCCUGGUAUGGCCCCCGCUCCUGGUACUCAUCACCGCGGUCGCAUACUACCAGGCGCUCAGCCACCAGCACUCCUCACUUUCCGCCAGCUACCUGGUGGCAUUGGGCUGGUGCGUGGGCCUGUGCGUGUGGCCCCUAGUCGAGUACAGCAUCCACCGCUGGCUGUUCCACGCAUGCCCGCCGUCCGCCUCACGGCUACUCAUCACGCUGCACUUCGGCGUACACGGCCUCCAUCACAAGGCUCCCUUCGACACGCGUCGCCUUCUCUUUCCGCCCGCGCCGGCGCUCUCUCUUGCCGCCUUGGCGUACCUGGCGGUGCGAGCGGCGCUUUCCGCCACCUUGGCGGCGGCGGUUGCCGCCCCUCUGGCCACGGCUGUACUGGCGGGCGCCCUCACCGGCUUCCUCGGCUACGAUCUGACGCACUUUUAUCUGCAUACGGGAUCACCCGCACCGGGGUCACGGUUGUACCGCCUCAAGCGACGCCAUAACCAGCAUCAUUUCGCGCAGUUUGAUCGCGGCUAUGGGAUAAGCAGCAGUUUCUGGGACCAUGUCUUCAAAACUGGGAUCACACUCAAAGACAUCAAAUUUGAACUGAGAUGGUGAAUUACAAAGUUCUUCUCACUCUAAGAUUCAACAGAAAUAUCACAAAUUGUUCCAUUGUUUUUUAUGUAGUCUAUACUGAUAAUCUCUGUAUAUAAUAAUUAUUAGUGAAUUCAGUAUUCCUACCUUCAAGAACAGUGAAAAAAAUAUUCAGAUCCUCACAAAAUAGAACAGAGUAAAUAAAGUUAUAAUACAAAAGUUGUUGAACUAA